UUGCAUCGCUCCCUCGAAGUGUUACCAGCAGGAUGCAUUCUGGUUCAUGUUUUAGUGUUUUUAAUCAGGCUAAACACUUGUGAUAUGUACUGCCAAAUACUGUGAACACAGAUGAAACGAAAUGAAACAUACAACAUCAGAAUUUCAAGUGUACUCAUUUGUUCUGAAACGGGUUUUUAAAUAUGACCACCAGAUAGCACAUUCGACUUCGUAACAACUUUCUUUAAUAUGGCGUGGUGAAUGAGUGGGUUGCAGUGAAGGAAUGCCUGCUGUCAAAGGCUGUGCAUGUGUGCAAUAAAGUAGGUUAAACUGAAGCUGAUGGAUCAGCCAAGGGGUUCUCAGGCACCAGCCCAGCACACAGCUCAUGGUGAAGUGAAUUCCACUUCCAGAGCUGAAGACACGUCUACACCCCAGAUUGGCAGCGUUCUGUUCCGUGAGAUUCAUAAAAAUGCGUGGCUUAAAAGAUUACCAUCUACAGAUAGGAAAGCCACGGGGUCUUUUCCAAAGAAAGGGGACCGUGUUUGGGUUGUCUUCUGUGUUCAUGAUGAUGCAGAACCAUUCAUAGAAGUUUAUGUGGAUCAGAAGGUGGCAGUCAUGCACAGACCUGACUGGUGUGUGUCGCUCAACAACUGUUUACAUGUUUCUCCUACCAUUUAUGCCCAAGAGGAGGAAUAUGAAUUUGUAGUUACACUGAACUCAGAUGUAGUGCGGUUUACUGCACCGUCUUGGGAGCUGAUGAUGGAGUGGGUAGAUACAAUUAGAACAAAGUUACGAGAGAUGCGAAUCCUGUCACCAAGAGAGAAUCUGUACACGAGAAUGCCCGAGGCACGAUUGCCACUAGCUCCCACGCGAGACCCCAAUUCUCCGCUUCCUCCCCCACCUGCUGGGCCGUCAGUAGUAGUUCCAGGUGUGGAACGUGUACACUCAGAGAGUUCAGCAGACAGCAGUUCCAGCUCAGUAGGAUCUGUUGAGGCAACCAACAGUGCAGAAUCUUUUUCAGAUGAAAAUGUACCACCAACACAGCCCCCAGGGUUUGACAGUGUAAGCCUACAAAUCAGAACUCCUACAACAUCACUCUACAUCACACAGUCGGAGCCCUCGGUCUACACCAGGCCUCAUGCAGUUUUGAGCAGAGCGGCUUCUUUUCCUGAAUCUCCAGUUCUCAUUUCUUCGUUAAUGUCAAGAGAACCCAGUCGUGGUGAUACGAAUGUUACAGUCAUUGAAGUAAGCGACAGUCAGCGUGUCCCUCAUUCAGCCAUUCCAUUGGACUACGAAGGAGUUUUUAACUUUAACUUUAUCGAGGAUGCUCUGCCAUCGGUACCGCAUGCGGUACCAACUGGCAGUUCCACAUUCCAUGAAAACUUGGAUUUCAGAGAAGAACUUGAAUUCAGUGAUAAUUUCUACACACCCCCUGUAACACCAGCUAGAACGACAGAGAUGCGGCAUCAAGUGCCUCCAAGUGUGACCACAGAUUGCGACUUGACAAGUAGCAUCGGUAAUGGUCAAAUGGAAGUCACUGAUUCUGGCAGUAGCUAUUAUGAAUGUGUGUUCCUUCCAAAUGAAACUCAGUCCCCUCAAUCAUUAGAUUCUCAUAUCAGCAUUGCCAGUAAUUCUGUUGCUGGAAGCCGUCUGGGAAGCGAGGUAGUAGACGUGGCACCAGGACCUGCUGAGACGUCUUCGGUCAGAAGUCUGUUUCCAGGUAAUACUGUUACGGAGGUGAGAGUUCAAGAAUCAGUUAUUGCCACUGUCCCAGCCUUUACCGACAUUCAGCAGAGGAGAAGACGCAGGAGUUCCUCGACUUCGGAAACCGCGUCGUCGUCGGGUAUCUCUCGCGUGGUUCGCGUUGCAGCCGUGACUGGUGCGGAGAGAAACCGAGCCGCCACGCAAAGGGUUGAUGUAGGGAGGAGACUGCAACCUGCUCCUCAUCCCUAUCGACAAGCACAGCAAGCAUCUCCUGGUGUAAAUGUAGAAGUACUGGGUUCAGGACGUCUCACACUUAGAGAGCAACAGGUACUUCAGUUACGCAGAGAGAUGCUGCAUCCCGGUGGCGUUCGUCUUCAACUGCGACGUAAAGAUUGUACUGGUUCUGUGGCUCUAGUGGAUGCAUUUGGUGCAGUAUGGAUUACCGGCUGGAAACAAAGGGAGCGUCCGAUGCUGUACAAUGCCCUCCACAUUGGGGAUCAACUAUUGAGUAUUGCAAGUAUUAUGGUUCAGAGUGCAUCUGAUGCACAGAAGUUGAUUCGAGGUGCCACAAGUCUUUAUGUUGAAUUUGUGAUACGUCGAGUUCCAUUCGGACGCGUGUUUGCAAUCUGUCGAGAAGUGGAAGGCCAAAGUUUGGGAAUCUUACAAGAAGGAAAUACGGCAGAAAUACGCGAUGUCAUUCCAGGAGGACUUGCGGCUUCUCACGGUCUGACUCCUCGAGCGCAGACGUGCGAUGGGCUCUCGCUGACCAAUUGGGUAAUCACCGAAAUCAACGGGCGGCCACUUAAUCUGUUCUUCAAGGAUGGUGAAGUAAGGGAUCGUUUAAAUGCGGUAGGAAAAGAAAUAUCCAUUCUUGUUCAACCGUUCGAUCUAAUAAAGCAGCUAAAGAAGCAGCUGAAAGCUUUACGGGGCUAUAAGGAAUACAUAGUGCAAUAGUGGCUAUAAAUUAAUAGAUUGGGAAUGAAAUGUUUCUACAAGAUUUCAUCUUUUGAACGGUAAGGAAAAGCAGAGAACCUGUGUUUCAGCUGAAAUACUGUAACAGUCUAAUAAUAUAUUGCAUAGCCUACUCUACUUUUACAAUAUAGAAACAAGAUCUGGAAUGUCAUCCAGACAGGCAGCUGUUUCCUCCUUGAUGAAAAUGAGAAGGAAUCUCAGAGGAAUGAUAGUUUUACAUUUUACUCUUUUUGUAUUGGCUUCUUUGUCCCAAAAUAUGCAGCAGAUAUUAAGGAGAAUGUCCCAAAAUGGCAUUUCCUAUUUUGAAUGGAAGUAAAAAAUAUGACUAAGCUACAUAAAGAAAUGGGAUUUAUGGCAAUUUCUAGUUUUUACUGACAUGUUUACUGUUCCAUUGUAUUCAGUACCUGUAUUAAAAUGAUUAGCAAGUCAGUAUCAUAGUCAACAUUUUAAUUAAAUAUGAAGAAUUACAUUAUUUUCCUUUUAGUCUAAGUUUGAUUAGACUUGUUUACAGGCAGUAGCAGCCACUAGCAUGUUCUUUUGUUUGGGAGGUUUGUAAAAUUAUCCUAACUUGAGGAAUUAAUUUUUCUUAUGUAAGUGCAGAAGUGGCUGAAAUCCUCUGUAAUACAAAAACAAAGUCUGCACACAAGCAUAGGGUCUUCCCUUGAAGAGUCGUUACUCAGCUGGUAAAGAAAUUUCCUGCUCGUAUAUAAACUGAAAGUUCAUUACUGUGUUCAGAAGAGCUUACCUUCAGACCAUACCAGGUAGGGCCAUGUACUGCGGAAGAGAGAGAUGUGAAAUGCGUACAAAAUUUUUGUUGUGAAGCCUAAAAGGAGAAAACAGCUCAGAAGACAUAGGCAUAGAUGGGAGGUUAAUAUUGAAAUUGAUCGUAAGGAAAUGGGUGUACGUUAGAUUUGUGUGGCUGAGGCUAAUGGCUGCUGGCUGGCUUUUGCAAACAUAGUAAGGAACCCUCUGCUUCCACAAAAGGUGGGGAAUUUCUUGACGAGCUGGGCAACUGUUGGCUUCACAAGAAGGACUUAACUCCAUGUAGUUAGUUAUGCAUUUGGGUACAUUUGUGCUAAGUGGCCUUCCCUUCUAUUUCAUCCUCCUCGAUUUAAUCUCCCUAACUGUUUAGUGAAGAGUACAAAUUAUGAUGCUCCUUAUCAUUGCCAUUGAGUAUCAGUGGGCUGGAUUGUGCACACAUGUCAGUGAGAUCUCAGAGGAUGGCUUCAAGAUUUUAGAUCGCAUUUAUAUUUUUAGUUAUGGUUUUAACCGUUUAGUGAGUGGCAGUCUUUAGUAACCCUGUUUGAACAAAACUGUGAUAUUAUGUUUGUUGAAUCUGUAGUGGAACCAAAUUUUAUCUAUCAGUUGUUUUUUUUCCCUCCCUGAAAUGAGUCCAGUUUUUAAUUUGACAGCUACAAUUUUAUUUGAUGACAGUUUUCUGCAUUGUAGCUCUGUGUAGUCUGGUAGAAGUUUACCAGCAUUUCACCCUGGUGAUGGAGGUAGCAGCGCACCAGCAUGCAGAUUAUUCGGGAUCAGUUUAGUUAAUGCUGAGAUUUUAUUAUUACUAAGCAGGGAUUUUUAUUGAAGCUGACAUUGUAAGGGUCAAUUACUUUCAUAAUAGGAAAACCGUUAUGGAACGUACUGUAUAAUAAAUCUAGGGAAUAAUGCAUCCCUUAUAAUGAGUGGACAAAAAUGAACGAUUCCAACAUUCAUGCUAAAUUAUUAUAAGCCUUUACCAUCUUGUAGUGUAAACAUAUUGUAUUUCACUUGAUAUAGUUUUUUAGACUUAAAUACUCUUUAAUUUCUCUCUAUUGAAACUAUCAUUCUCGGUGAACUAUACUUUCUGUCGUAAGAAUGUCGUUUUCCAUAACUAUAUGCCAUGUCUGUCAUUUGGUGAGAUAUUUAAAUUGUGUUCUAUGUAUCAGCGAAUCUGAAAUAAAUAUGAAUGUGACCUUCAAUAGGACUGUCCCAUGUGGGGAUUUUAUAAACUUAGGCAGUCACAUUGACACUAACUUGUUAUGUGCAUUGAACAUGACUAAUUCAGAAACAGAUGGAGAGAGAAUUCGUAGCUGUAAGUGUUGGGGGGGUUGAGAAUCUGCCGUACCGGUAAAUGGUUGAUUACUAUGUUUAUAGUUUUACAUUACCAUUGAAUAUUUACAGGCAGUUUAUGUUUUGUACUAUUUAUUUGCAGAAACAUACUGCAAUACUUCAGCUGUGUUUACACUCAAAUAUUUCAUGCCUCUAGUUGGAUGAAAUGUUUUUGACAAACGUAUGAUUUAAUGCACUCAUAAUGACAUUAUUUUACUGUGUGAGGUAUAUAUAGUAUAGUGUUACUUAACUUUUCGCAAAUAGAACCUGCCCUGUUUUUCUGUUAAGCGUUCCAUGUCAUUUUACAGUUGGUAGGAUGAUAAAAGGUGUCUUUUUGUGACACUUGUUGGAAAUUGAAUUUUGUCAGUCCCUGGAUUAAGUUGAGGCCUUAUUUGAGUAUUUUAAAUUUUAUGCAUUUAUAUUUCAGUGACAUUAUUACAUAAAUUAUUUUAUGAUUAACUCCUGAGAUUACAUUUUUAUGUCCCUCGGCUGAUCAAGAAAUUUGCUGCUUUUAUGGAGUCUGAAGCAUAUUCAGAAAACAACCUGAAUCCUGUUGAAUCCCAUCCACACACAUAUACACCCAACUGGUUUGUUCUGCUGUACUUUUGUAUGCAUUUGACAUUUCCCACAUGUGUGCUACAUGCCCCACUUAUCUCAUCCUUGAUUUAUGGUAAGAAUAUUAAGUGAGGAAUAGCAUGUAUAGAGCUCCGUAUCAUCUAAUUCUUUCCACAGACUUGUGCUUAAUAUUCAGUAGGUCCUGGGAUAAAAUCUUGGUCCAGAGAUUGGUUAUCCUGACAGUUUUUUUAAUGUUUUUCUCAGUCCAUCCAGACAGAUGCCAGGAUAGUACCUUAAAUUAAGUCAUGGUCAUUCCUUUCCAAUUCAUUUAUUAAUUGUCCUAUUAUUAGAUUGCUGUAAUAUCUGAGCUACUGACUGCAUCAGUAAAAAUCAUGUUAUUAUCUUCUUAUUUCCUCUCAUGUCCAAAAAUUCUCAACACUUUGUUCUGAAACAUCUAUAAGUAUGUAUUUCCCUGAGGGUGAGAACAUUAAUUAGUUUUACUGAAAAUAAUUUUAUAUAUAUGUGCUAUGUACAUACUGUCUUCAAGUGGCAGGUAAAUUUUUCUGUCACAAACUAACAUUAUGAAGCACGUUAUUUUAAGAGUGCUGAUAAUGUUUAACGCGCAUCAGAAAACGUACAUUUGUAUGGCAUUUUGAUGAAGGAAAACUGUGUAGGCCUGGAAGUUGCAAUGUUUCUUUUUCACACCCCUCAACCUUUCAGUGCGUUUCUCACUCAUGUACCUGAAACGGCAGCAUUAAUAACUCGCCAGUGUUUGAUAGAAGACUACAAAGUCUCUCCAGGAUGGAUCAAAGUAAUCUGAAGUUCAACCAGAACCUGCCAUUUGGAGAAUUGUGUCGAUGUCCAUUAGGAAGUAAAGUAAAGUUAGGAGGAGGAAUAUUUUUAUGUUUCCUGACCAUAUAAAUCUCAUAGGAGAUAUUUCUUGAUUUGUUAAGUCUCCAACGUGGCACUCCUGAUGGCAAGCGUGAAUGAGGGAGUGACACUGCAUUUUGUGUUACUGUUUUGUUAUUAAUUACCCAACUAGUUACAUAAAACAUCUGGUGUAAACACAGCUUUAUUCUACAACUUUUGUGAUAUUGACAUUUUGGCAGUGUGAGACAGCAUCUGACUUGGAUGUGAGAACAGCUGAGCUAAUAUAUUUACAUUUUUUUACUGUGAAAAGAAAAGGUAAAAAUGUUGUAAAACUUCAUUAUACAAGUUUAUGCAUUUUAAUGAAGAUGAUACUGACCUAUGCAACUGUUAAAUAGAUUUGCCAGUGUUAUGGUUAAUACUGCAGACACAUGACUGGUUUUGAACCACUCAUAUUUUGUUACACUUUUGUUUGUACGUUCAUCAUCGUGGGCCUGAUCGAGAAUGGUCGAGGGCCGUGUUUUUUCCAGUUCUUUCAUUUAUACAUUAUAUGUUGACAUUAAUUUUUACCAAACAUCACAAUCAAGUGAUUAGCUACUGUGCUUUCUAUUUGGGAGUUUUUGGGUUCAAGUCUCAGCCCAUAGGGCAGGUAUCCUGAAUGGUGAAUGCACCAUAUCCUGUAUGGUGUAUUUACCAUUCAGCCAAUCUUUCAUCAACUUGAGUCACUGCAAAAGCUCCGCUUAAAUACCGGUUUUCUUUCCAUUCUUUCGUGGUCUUCUGUCAAAGAUCUGCAAUUAUUAUUUUUAUAAUUAUCACCGUAAUUAAGGUGAGAAAGUGGGCAUUUGUAGUUUCAUUGAAAUAAUUUGAAUGGUUGCCCCCACCUCCUUUCUCUUGGCACUGACCUUUAUUUGAAAAGUGUUAACUUUGAUGUUGAAAUUAAAUUAUUGAUAUUCCAUUAAUUAGGGCAUAAAAUAUAAGGGAAUCUGAUCUCUUGAAUAUAUAUAGAUGGGCAGACAAUAAAUACACUUCUUAUCAAACAUUAUUCCAAACCCAACUGUACUUUUAAACAUGACUGAACAGAGCAUUUUUAAUUUUUAAUUUGUGAUCAGUUAAUGCAAAGUUUUUUUCUUACAGUAACCAGUAAGGAAUAAAUAUUCAUAAUAUGUAUUUAUUAAUUAAUUUAUUUAUGCAGGUCAAUUUAUAUAGCAUUGAAAGAUUGGAUAAUUAGUGAAUAAUGAAGUGGUAGUAUCAUGAAAUACUCCUGAAGUGACUGAAAAACAUCACGCUAUACCUUGGUCAGGAUAACAGGCCUCUAGGUUAAGAUCUGAAUCUGGAACUUGCCAAAUACGAAGCAACCUAACCAUGAUGUUCAGUGUGUGCACGUAGGUCAAUAGUAAACUAGUUAAGUAUAUAUUUUAGAUACGAAAGAAUGGUUUCUGCAGUCACAUGCCAUCUGUCUGAAGUCUGCAAUUUCUGCUGCUAGUUUUGGAAUAGCAAAUUAAUGAAAUACAAAGGAUUAACAUUUUAAGAAUAUUUCUUUUGGAACCUGUAAUCUCCGAAUUUAAGCACGGAUAGUUUAGGUUUCUAGAUUAGAGUAUUUUAUUGAGUGGACUACAUGGUAGCAAGACUUACCAAUUGUUAUGUGACAAAGUAUGAAGUUGGCUGUCUUCUGGGGUCUUGCACCAUUUAGUCUGCUAGUAGUUUACUGUUUCAUACGUACUUGCUACCUCCAUCAUCGUCACCCUGAUGAUAGAGGCAGCAAGCACUUCUGACAGGUUUGUAAACUUCUACCAGAGGAAAUGGCACAACAAUCCAGAUGACAGCCAUCAUUGCCAAUAAUGUUUACAAUAAUAUCCGUCUUCCAGUAGAAAAUUAACUAAUGAAAAUAAUUUAUAUAUUUUAUAGCUAUAUAUCGUACCUAUUUGACUCUUACACAUACUGCAUUUUUAAAACUGGAAGUAAUGGGUAUGUAAUUGAAAAUAAGGAAUAUAUUACACUGUGAUAAUGAAUCGAAGUGGAUGUGCGACAGGUUUACAUUUAAGAAAUUUUAUGAAGUGAUUAACAUCAUGUUUGAAAGCACUAGUAUUGUUUUUGAAUCAUUCCAGUUGUGCAUGUAUGAAUUAAAGUUAUUUUCUCCAAACAUGCCUAAUUAGUUUUCAUCCAAUAAAGGUCUUCCAUAAGCAGUC